GAUAUAUAUAUCUGUGCAUUGCAGAAAAAUAAUCAAACACGAGAUUGUCAUCUUUGACGAUUAUCCUUAGCAGCCCGUCUCUGAGAAUAGCUGCUGCUGCUUCUUCCUCCUCUUCUUCUCCAUCUUUACAUCUGCGAGCUGCAUGGAUAGAGUGCAAUGGUCUCAGUGUAGGGAUGUGGCUUUAUUGGUGGUCUUGAGGACGACGUAGGGCUGCUGAAGGCCGCGGAGGGCGGCUUGGUUUAUACCACCACCGUCGGUACCAUGGCAGGCAACAGCAUCUGCACCGCCAACAGGCCGCAGCAGGCGGUGGAGAGGAAGGUGAGGCUACACAAGGAGAAGGCUCUCGACUGCCCCAGGUGCAACUCCACCAACACCAAGUUCUGCUACUACAACAACUACAGCCUCACCCAGCCCAGGUACUUCUGCGGAGAUUGCCGGAGGUACUGGACGCAUGGUGGAUCACUCAGGAACGUCCCUGUCGGUGGCGGCUCGAGAAAGAACAAGAACAAGAAGCUAUUCUCCUCCUCCUCCACCUCAUCAACGACCGUCUCUACUUUAAAGAAGUUGACGCCUGCAGGCCUCGUCUCUCCUCCUGUAUCCCUCUCCUCCACCCCCGGAGCCCCAAAGCUCUACGAGGGACAUGACCUCAACCUGGCCUUUCCUCACCACAGCCCCCCUGAACAGCACAAGUUCCGCAGCUCAGAAAGCGGCAGAUCCAGAGACGGAAACAGCAACAGCAUUGAUGGCAGGAACACAUGCACUGCCGUCGUUGCUGACUCCAUAACGGAGCUGCUCAGGAGCGGGAUACCUGCGAGAGGACUGAUUGCGCCAUUCACCCCGACCGUGACGAUGGAGUACCCUUGUGGCCCUGGAUUGCAGGAUCUCGGACCGCCAACGCUGAAUCUAACGUUGGUUGGAUUCAAUGCAAGUGUCGGGGGAGGGAGCAGUAGUGGCCAUGGGAGCUUGCAAGGGUUGCAGAAGUGUUCUUGCGGGAAACUGCUGCACCAUUUGGAGGACUCGAGCGCGAACCUGUGAAGAAAAAGAUUGUGUAUGGAUUACGACAAAACCAAAAAA